AAUGAAAUUUCAAAACCAAAGCCAGAAAGAAAACAUCAAAUUCAUGGCUUCUCUUUGGCUAUUUUCUCUUCUUUUACUCUUCCCUCUAUUCUUCUUCUCCUUGAAAAAGAAACGAGCUAAGACACAUACAAAGAAUCAUCCCCCAGGCCCUCCUAGUCUUCCAUUUAUAGGCAACUUUCACCAACUUGGAGUACUGCCUCAUCAAUCUUUAUGGCAAUACUCUAAAAAAUAUGGUCCUGUCAUGCUUGUAAAAUUUGGUAGUGUUCCUACUGUUAUCAUCUCUUCUGCAGAAGCAGCAAAAGAACUCCUCAAAACUCAUGAUCUCAACAGUUGUAGCAGACCUUAUUUGACUAGUACUGGAAAGCUAUCUUACAACCAUCUUGAUAUAGCUUUUGCACCUUAUGGAGAUUACUGGAGAGAUAUGAGAAAGCUUUGUGUUCUUGAACUCUUUAGUGCUAAAAGAGUGCAAUCUUUUGAAUUCAUUAGAGAAGAAGAGGUGUCUUUGCUAAUUGAUUCCAUUUCUAAAUCUUCUUCUUCUCCAGUAGAUAUGAAGGAGAAAAUUAUGACCCUUACUGCAAAUAUAACAUGUAGAGCAGCUUUCGGCAAAAAUUUCCAUCAAGGAGGACUUGGACAUGAAAGAUUUCAGGAAGUUAUUUAUGAAGGAAUUGCUCUGAUGGGAAGUUUCUUUGCAGCUGAUUAUUUUCCAGGUGUAGGUUGGAUUCUUGAUAGAAUAACUGGCCUCCAUGCAAGACUUGAAAGAAAUUUUGAAGAAUUUGAUACUUUCUAUCAGAAGAUCAUUGAUGAUCACAUUCAAAAAGGAAGAAGAGAUGAGACUCAACAAGAACAAGAUAUAAUUGAUGUUUUGCUUCAAUUGGAGACAUCUCACCGUGAACAGUCUGGAGCUUUCCAAUUUUCCAAAGAUAAUAUUAAGGGUAUUCUCAUGAAUAUCUUUCUAGCUGGAGUAGAAACUGGAGCAUCAGUCUUGGAAUGGACUAUGGCAGAACUUAUUAAAAAUCCUAGAGUGAUGAAGAAAGCACAAGAAGAAGUAAGAAAUUGCAUUGGGUGUGAAAGAAGAGUAUCUGAAAAUAAAAUUGAAAAGCUUGAAUAUUUAAAAAUGGUCCUUAAAGAAGCCUUGAGAUUACACCCACCAGGCCCACUGCUCGCUCCAAGAGAAACUACAUCGCAAUUCAGUAUCAAUGGCUAUGAUAUUUAUCCCAAAACUCGAAUUCAAGUCAAUGUAUCGGCGAUAGGAAGAGAUCCAAGGAUAUGGAAAGAUCCUGAAAACUUUUAUCCUGAGAGAUUUAUAGAUAGUCCUAUUAAUUACAAAGGGAUGAAUUAUGAAUUAUUACCUUUUGGCAGUGGAAGGAGGGGCUGUCCUGGCAUCACCAUGGGAAUGGCCAUUGUAGAAUUAGCACUUGCGAACCUUUUAUUCUGUUUUGAUUGGGAUUUGCCUUGUAAUAUGAAGGUGGAAGAUAUCAACAUGGAAGAAGCAGCCGGUAUGUCUAUUCAUAAGAAAGAACCUUUGUUGCUUCUGCCAAUUGCAUACGAACCCGUGUUAAGAAAUUAAUUAUAUAGUAGCAAGUUAAUUAUUGCUAUUAAGUUUUGCUUUGUACAUUAAUAAUGUAGACUAAAUUAUACCAAUGAUGAUUUAUCUUAUUUGUGAAAA